GCCGGCGGCUAGAGGGGAGCGCGCGGCGGCCUCUCUGGUUACUGCAGCCGUGCCGUGGCGGGAGAGUCGCCGCCCGCGAGGGAUGCUGGAGAGGAGGCCGUCGGGAGCUGCCGCCGCCGUCUGAGGUCUCUGUGGAGACCGCCUUUCGCCGGCGGGGAAGCCGAGUCGCAGAUGGGCAGUUCCGGGGCUGGUGAGUCGGAAUCCUGCUAAGGAGUCAGUCCCGAGGUGGUGUCUGCGCUGCCCUCCCCUGGCGCCUCGCUCCUGAAUCCCAGGCCGGCUUCGGCUGGAGAAGGCGACCAGGCAUCCACCGCCGCGGUCUCCGCGGAUCGGGAGACCUUUCCACUGCGGCGGCGAGGCCGCGUUUCCCCACAGCGCCCAGGCGUUUCUUUGAUCGUUUCCUCUCCAUCCCCUUUUGAAAGGGCACCUGCUGCUGGUGAGAGAAAAGGAAAAUUUUACAGCACGACGAGCCAACAUAAAAAUAUACAGCGUCACCCUCAACAACCCCCCAGGAAACCCCAUCCAAAAAAAAAAAAAGAAUUUAUGGAAUUGCCUGAAAGAGGAGGAGCGUGUCUAAUCGGGAGCUCUUGGAGCCGCCGUUUUUUAAAUACUGUUUUCUAAGUCCUUUACAACUUUCUCCUCUUUAACUACUUUUAUACUGACUUUUUAUGAUUUUUAAAAUUGAUGUGAUCUUCUAAUCCUGUGACAGUGCUUACUGGAGUUCGGCCGGUUUCCACUGCUCCUGUUGGUAGCACAUUUUGGGGAGAACCUAAACCCACCCGGACAAAGAAUCUCAGCCUUGACUGGUGCCACCAAAGAAGCCUUUUGAACCAUGUGGACUUUCCUUGGCAUUGCCACUUUUACCUAUUUUUAUAAGAAAUGCGGGGACAUCAUCACUUUGGCCAACAAGGAGCUCCUGUUGUGCGUCCUGGUCUUUCUUUCACUUGGCCUGGUGCUCUCCUAUCGCUGUCGCCACCGAAAUGGGGGCCUCUUGGGGCGCCAGCAGAGCCGUUCCCAGUUGGCCCUCUUCUCAGAUAUUCUCUCAGCUUUGCCUUUCAUUGGCUUCUUCUGGGCCAAGUCCCCUCCUGGAUCAGAAAAUAAGGAGCCGCUGGAGUCCAGGAGGUGCAGAAAAGGAACCAAUACUUCAGAAACAACUUUAAUGGGAGCAGCUGCGUCUACAUCAAUAUCUUCUCAAGGUGAUCCAGAAGUGAUCAUUGUGGGAUCUGGAAUACUUGGCUCUGCUUUGGCAGCUGUGCUUUCCAGAGAUGGAAGAAAGGUGACCCUAAUUGAGAGAGAUCUAAAAGAGCCUGACAGAAUAGUUGGAGAAUUUCUGCAGCCAGGUGGUUUUCAAGUUCUUCAAGACCUUGGUCUUGGAGAUACAGUGGAUGGUCUUGAUGCCCAGGUUGUACAUGGCUACAUGAUUCAUGAUCGGGACAGCAAAUCAGAGGUUCAAAUUCCUUACCCUCUGUCAGAAAACAAUCAAGUGCAGAGUGGAAGAGCAUUCCAUCAUGGAAGAUUCAUCAUGAGUCUCCGGAAAGCAGCUAUGGCUGAGCCCAAUAUAGAACUCCAUGCUCCAUUGACAGUUGUUGCAGAUGGGCUUUUCUCCAAGUUCAGGAAAAACCUGAUCACCAAUAAAGUUUCUGUUUCAUCUCAUUUCGUUGGCUUUCUUAUGAAGAAUGCCCCACAGUUUAAAGCCAAUCAUGCUGAACUUAUUUUAGCUAAUCCGAGUCCAGUUCUCAUCUACCAGAUUUCAUCCAAUGAAACUCGAGUACUUGUUGAUGUUCGAGGAGAAAUGCCAAGUAAUUUAAGAGAAUAUAUGGUUGAAAAAAUUUACCCACAAAUUCCUGAUCACCUGAAAGAACCCUUCCUAGAAGCUACUGAGAAUUCUCGUUUGAGGUCCAUGCCAGCAAGCUUCCUUCCUCCUUCACCAGUGAAUAAACGAGGUGUUCUUCUUUUGGGAGAUGCAUAUAAUAUAAGGCAUCCUCUUACUGGUGGAGGAAUGACUGUUGCUUUUAAAGAUAUAAAACUAUGGAGAAAACUGCUAACGGGUAUCCCUGACCUUUAUGAUGAUGCAGCUAUUUUCCAGGCCAAAAAAUCAUUCUAUUGGGCAAGAAAAACAUCUCAUUCCUUUGUUGUGAAUAUCCUUGCUCAGGCUCUUUAUGAAUUAUUUUCUGCCCCAGAUGAUUCCCUGCAUCAGCUCAGAAAAGCCUGUUUUCUUUAUUUCAAACUUGGUGGAGAAUGCGUUACUGGUCCUGUUGGGCUUCUUUCUGUAUUGUCUCCUAACCCCGUAGUUUUAAUUGGACACUUCUUUGCUGUUGCAAUCUAUGCCAUAUAUUUUUGCUUUAAAUCGGAACCUUGGAUUACAAAACCUCGAGCCUUUCUUAGUAGUGGUGCUGUAUUGUACAAAGCGUGUUCUGUAAUAUUUCCUCUGAUUUACUCAGAAAUGAAAUGUAUGGUUCAUUAAGCUUAAAAGGGAAUCAUUUCCAAAUGAAUAUUUGAAACUCACCAUGUCCUGAGAGACUCAGAAGAGGAUGUAUAUAGCAUAAUACUACACCACUUCUAAAGUAGCAGCUGUUGGUCCAACACUGGGAUUAAUUUGUUUUUGAAGUGUUUUGUAUAUAAACAUGUAAAUAUAUGCUUUGAUUUGCAAUUUAAAAUGAAAGGAAAAAUAAGCUAUAUAAAAGGAAUGAUUGUUACCUAAACUAGUGCUAAUACUGAAGAACAGCUUUUCUUUUGAAUUUCCUAUUUGGAAUGAGUCGUUAGGACAUGCAAAUAAAUUGAAGAAUGGGGUUUCGUGCUUUUUGGUUUCUUGUGCACUUCUUUACAUAUAGCUUCCUGAUAAUGGAAAAGAAAACCAAAGUGGGAUGGAAGUGCAGAGGAAAACCUGUUCUAUUAAAUGUCUGACUUUGGGAAAGUUA